AUGGUGGUGAUGGUGGUGGUGCGCCAUCACAACCUGUUGUGUCCAAGGCGGCGCUCCUCUGCGUUGGUGCUCAGGUCUGUAGACCUGCAGAGCUCCCAGAACAACAAGGACCAUCACACGCUGGAGAUGGGCUCCAAGCGGCUGGUGGUACGACGGGGCCAGUCCUUCGCCCUCCGGCUGCAUUUCGAUCGGCCCUUUCGGCCUGGGUCAGACUCCAUCACCUUCGUGGCCGAGACCGGACCUGCGCCCACGGAACGGCUUGGAACUCGAGUCACCUUUGUGCUCACCCAGGCCCGGCGGGGAAACGUCUGGGCUGCGUCUGACUUUAUUGUAGACCACAACUCUCUCUCCGUCUCCAUGUUCACACCUGCCAAUGCGAUUAUUGGCCCCUACAGUCUGAAGAUAGAGACCGCAGGAGGCCCAGGCCUGAGUCCUGUGACAUACCCACUGGGGACUUUCAUCCUGCUAUUUAAUCCUUGGAGUGCAGAGGAUGACGUUUACCUGCCGAGUGAGAUUCUUCUGCAGGAGUAUAUCAUGAUGGACUACGGCUUUAUUUACAAGGGCCAUGAAAAGUUUAUCACCUCCUGGCCCUGGAACUAUGGGCAGUUUGAAGAGGACAUCAUAGAUAUCUGCUUUGAGAUUUUGAACAAGAGCCUGUACUUCCUAGAGAACCCAUCCAAAGAUUACUCGCAGCGGAAUGACGUGGUGUAUGUCUGCAGGGUGGUGAGUGCCAUGAUCAACAGCAAUGAUGACAAUGGCGUGCUUCAGGGAAACUGGGGAGAGGAUUACUCCCAGGGGGUCAGCCCGCUGCAGUGGAACGGCAGUGUGGCCAUCCUGCGGCAGUGGUCAGCCAGGGGCAGGCAGCCGGUGAAGUAUGGACAGUGCUGGGUCUUUGCAGCUGUGAUGUGCACGGUCAUGAGAUGCUUAGGUGUUCCAACCCGGGUUGUUUCCAAUUUUCGUUCUGCGCACAACGUGGAUGGGAACUUGACCAUCGACUGCUACUAUGAUCAAAAUGCAGAGAUGCUGCCAACUGAGAAACAAGACAAAAUCUGGAAUUUCCAUGUCUGGAACGAGUGCUGGAUGAUCCGGAAAGAUCUCCCGCCGGGCUACAAUGGUUGGCAGGUUCUAGAUCCCACUCCGCAGCAAACCAGCAGCGGACUGUUCUGCUGCGGCCCCGCUUCUGUAAAGGCCAUCAGGGAAGGGGAGGUCCACCUGCCCUAUGACACCCCAUUUGUGUACGCCGAGGUCAACGCUGAUGAGGUCAUUUGGCUCUUGGGGAAUGGCCAGGCCCGGGAAAUCCUGUCUCAUAACACCAGCUCCAUCGGGAAUGAACUCAGCACCAAGAUGGUCGGGUCAGACCAGCGCCAGAACAUCACCAGCUCCUACAAGCACCCGGAAGGGUCCCGUGAGGAGCGGGCUGUAUUCAUGAAGGCCUCCCAAAAACUGCUGGGCCACAGGUGGUCCUCCUCGCCCUUCCUGGACCUGCUAGGCUCCGAGGCCUUGCAGGAGCAGCCGGCACAGCUGGAGCUGCACCUGGCCAGGACGCCCGAGUGGGGCCACGACGUGCUGCUGAGGUUGCACGCCCGGAGGGUGGAGGCCAGGACCCACCCCCAGGGGCCCAUCUCGCUGGUGGUGCGCUUCUGCGCACAGGCCCUGCUGCACAAAGGCGGUGCCCGGGAGCCCCUGUGGAGACAGACCCUGCAGCUCCAGCUAGACUUUGGGAAGGAGAUGCAGUGGCCACUCUCGCUGCCCUCCAGCACCUACAGAAACAAGCUGACUGAUGAGAAGCUCAUCCGCGUGUCGGGCAUUGCUGAGGUGAAGGAGACGGGGAAGUUCAUCUUGGUCCUGAAAGAUAUCUCUCUGGCGCCGCCUCAGCUAUCUAUCCAGGUGGCUGAGAGGGCAGAGGUGGGCAAGGCACUGCACAUCCGCCUCACCCUCACCAACACGCUGACGGUACCACUGACCAAGUGCUCCAUGGCGCUGGAGGGCAGCGGCCUCAUCGAUGGACAGAUAGUCAACGACCUUGGGACCCUGGUGGCUGACCACACCAUCAACGUGGAACUGGACCUCUAUCCCAUCAAGGCGGGCGCCCGCCAGCUGCAGGUCCUCAUCAGCAGCAACGAGGUCAAGGAGAUCAAAGGCUACAAGCACAUCUUUGUCUCCCCACCCAGGGCUCACUGA